UGAAACCGGAAGCACGUUUUGAUCGACGAAAAUUAAAACUUAAAAUGCUCCGCCAAGAAAAAGAUAAUCAUUAUGAAGUUCGCAAGGAUCAAGGGGUUGUUUCCCAUGUUGAGAAUGCUGUCACUGUCUGGAUGCAGAUGCUAAGUGAUGGCACAUCGGACUUCAUGUUGUUGAGUCAGCAGCUGCAGACUCUGUGUCCUGCAGCCAGCAAGAUCUCCGACAAUCCAGACCCAACCAAGUUUUAUGCCACCCAAUAUUCUGAAGACAGAGUUUGGUAUCGAUGUCAGAUUAAACAACAGUUGGCUUCCAACAGGAUACGAGUGCAGUACAUAGAUUUUGGCAACACGGAGGAGACCGACCAGUCGUCACUGGUGGAAAUGCCCGCAUCACUGUCCAGUGUGAAACCAUUUGCACGGAAAUUUGUACUCAACAACCUCAGACCAGUCAACAGUUUUUCUGACAAACGGACUAUUGAAUAUUUGAAAGCUAUUACUGCAGACAAUUGUCUAACCUGUGUCAUCAAGCAUGCACUAAAGGAUAAGACCGGAUUCUAUGCAGAGUUAUUUGAUGGUCAAGAAAGCAUCAGUGAGAAGCUUCUUUCUGAAGGCCUGGUUACCAUGCGUCCUCUUAACAUGAAACCAGCAGGUGACAGAGGAGCAGCAGGUGAUGCCUCUCCUUACGGCAUGGCAGGUGGUAAAGACUUCAACAGUUUCAAGAAGGACUUCGAGGGAACAAGGCAUGUUUAUGAUGGCAGCUCUAAUCUAAUUGUCAAAGUUAACAGCAACAAGAUGCAGCAGCCUAUGAUGGUCGAUAAGAAACAGAAGCGGCAGUUAGACCGCAUCACGGCAGAAAAGGAACACUUGUCAGCUGAACUGGCCAACAUCAAAGGCAAAAUGAUGGCAUUACAAAAUGAAUUGUCUGGCAUGUCGGCAAAGCUUGCACAAGGUUCCUUAGCAGAUCACAUAAGUACGGCACUUGUCCUGGCUGCCAAGGUUAAAAAUCUUAGACACCAGUUUCCAGCAGAUGGGUCCCCUCUUGAUGAUGGGAUUGACCUGUGUAAGAGUGCUGAGCGAAUCACCAACACCUCUGUCAAAUCUCUGCCGGCCGUUUUGUCAGCUCUGUCAGUCUACCGUGCAGCCAUGAAAGAGAUCUGUAUGUGUAAAGAUUUGAAAGAACUUGAGGAAAUGGUUGAGACGAGAGAUGUUGCCAGGAAAGACCUGUACCACAAGAUAACCACGUGUAUGGAUGAGGUGGAGAACAUGCCACUCACAGACAGGGUACAGGCCGUCAAGAACACUGUUGGCAUCUUGAAGGAGCAUUUUGACCCAUUCUUCCAUUUUGUGGUUAACAACAUUCCAUCUUUGGACAACCUGACCCCAACCUAUGUACAGUGGAAGGAAACGAAGCUUGUCGAAUUUGCCACGGCUAAAAAUUACACUAAUGAAUGCAGGGAUGAAGUUGUCUCUGCGUUUGGCAGUAUACAGAGUCAACUCUCUCUAACAGACGGUGAUGGCCAUGGGAAAUUUGAUCUGGAAGCUUUACUGAAGACGUACAUACAGACCCUACAGAAUGAGCUAACUGUCACAAACGUGGAACGUGGUACCGAUUCAGGAUUCUUUGCCUCCAUGCUUCAAGCUUUAGAAAAGGACUUACAGUCAGAAAUAUCAAGUAUAGAAAAUGUGCAAAAGCUAGCAACGGACUUCUCUCAACUGAGAAAGGAAAUUGAACCAUGGCUCGAGACCCGGCCAAAUGUAGAUGAACUGCAAGACGUGCGCAAGUCUUUGCGAGCAUUGCGCUCAAAGUUACGCCAUCGCCUGGCAGAUAAAGAGGAUGUUGAAGAGAAUGAAUCCGAUCCAUCUGCUAUGACAGAAAUUACAAAAGACAUUGCAAAAAUCCGGGAUGAAAUUCAUCAAGCAUUAACCAAGGAGGAUAAACUUCUACACAGUUUGUCAAGUUUAGCUGAUGAACACUUCCCAGAACUGCUGACCAGACAUCCCGACCUUGGAAUGGAUGUUUAUCUGAUGUACAAUGGACUGGUGAGACCUAACCAUGAAAUUGACCACUUCGACAUGACUCCAGUCACAGGGGCAUCGUCUGAUCUGUUUGAAUCUGUGUUUGCUGGUGAACCCAUCUUUAUUAGGGAAUAUUUGUUGUCUGAUGGGGAGCACUUGGACAAGUCAGAGUUUCUAAGUCAAGUGAUAAAGUACGCCGCAUCAGCUCAGGACUGUCUUGCAGCCGUGAAAGCCAUUUUCUUCGACAAGACUGCUAGACAUGCAUAUGUGAUGUUUGCAAAGACUGGGGAAUUACUUUCUGGUUGGGUUGACAAUGGAAACAAGCCAUCGGAUAAGGUUACCAUGGAAAUCUGCUUCAGCAUGGCUUCCGCUCUGCUGGCACUUCAUGAAGAAAACAUAAUCCAUGGAGAGGUUACGCCUCAGAAUAUUGUCAUCAAAGAAGAUGCAUCCUGUUGCCUCUUGAUGCCAGAUUUCUCCAGAAAAACGGUUGAUAGAUGCCGGAAAAAGUAUAUUUCAAAAUCUGGCCUGCAGUUUGUUGCUCCAGAAAUAGGAAAUAUUACUGAUGCAAGUAGAAUGUCACCCGUUGUGGAUAUGUACAGUAUCGGUGUGCUUUUGUUGUGGCUUCAUUGCCCGGAUACUCAGUUUGGUACUUUACCCGAGGGAACUCUGGACUAUAAGUCUGCACCUCUAAACCAUUUAUUAAAAGAACUUUUGUCAUCACUGCUGUUGCCAACACCCAAUGGGCGAGCCACCAUACAAAUGCUUUGCAAUUCUGAAUAUCUGAAUACAGACAUUCCCGAUGAACCAGUAGCAACAGAAACUGAAAGUGUAUCUGAUAAUGCAGCCUCUGAUGGCCGUCCUUCAGACAAACCUUCUGAUGAUGCACCUGCAACAGACGCCGACACGGAACAGACGGACAUCCACCCAAACGAAGAAACCACAGAGGACAUAAUCACGGAACUGACAAAACCAGACGAGUCCGGUCUGGCAAGCUGCACACAGAACACUGAUGAGGAUACAGCACCGGAACCAACAGUACCCGACCACCUGCAGCCGGGCGGAUCUCUAGACGAGGUGGCAGCGUGUCUGUAUGGCCUGUCUUGUGAGGCGGGACAGAUCGAUCUCAGCAAGAUCGACCUCAGCACCACGUACCUUGAUUUUACCAGAUCGGUCGCCAGCGAGCAGGAGAGUUGCGCGAGUCCGCAGGUGGUGGACACAACAAACUGUAGUGAUAAUAACGAGCCUGUGACGAAUGACGCGACUCGCAGUUCGGAAGAGAGUGUUGAAGUGAACGGCGCAUCGCUCGAUCUCAUUACAGAGUGCAUCGGCAAGAGAAAGUCGGCACACAGUCAGGAAGACCAGUGUCCAAAUCUUGAAGAAGUUGUAAAAGAUUUCAACAUUCAGCAUUCGUUCCUGAAGGAGAGAUCCCAAUCACCAAUUAUCUCCAUGCUUGGAAAAAGUGCAGAUCUACAGAAAGGUUCCAGUUCACUGGAUGCCCCGUGAAUUCAUCACUGUGCACACCUCUUGCGUAAAAACAUUGAUUGGGUACCACACCUUGCGUUCAUCUCAUGUAACAAGUGAUGGUACUUUGUUGUUGCACAUUAUCAUACAUUUUAUCUUCAUUAUGAGAAUUCAUUGUUGUCUGACUACCAACUGGUUUGUGAAAAUGUCUACAAAUUAUUUUGUAGUUUAGCAAAGACUUUUUUUUUAGUUGUACUUUUUUUUUCUUUUUCUUUUUUUUUUCAAAUUGCUACAAUGGUUAUGAUUUAACACAACUAGUUUUAUUUAUGGAUUACUCAAAUGUAGCAUUCAGAAAUUUACAAUAAAACCUCUGUUAAUAAUUAAUGAUCUUUUUUUCUUUUUUUUUCAACAUGUUAUGCCAGGGUUUUUUCUUUUUGGUGUUUCUUUCUAUCUGUUUUAUCCCCACCACUUUCAUAAUAACUUGUUUAAUAAAAAAUAAUAUUUAACAUGUUCUCCUAGUCAUGAUGUAUUUUCAUAAUUUUGUACCGAUUUCAUUGAAACAUUUUUUUUUCUCUCUUUAUGGAUACUGUAUUUUAAUUUAAACUGAAAAUGAAUGUAAUAAAAUAAACUUAUUACCUGCUAGGAAGCAGAUCAAUUUAGUAGUGGUAAGUCAUAAGAUCAGCCCCAAAAUUACAUGGUCUGUGCUGUCCUGUCUAUGAGAAAAUGUCUGUCAUAACAGUGUCAUUAGUCUCCAACCGGUCCAUCCAGAGGGGACUAUUGGUUUCAUCUCCAACCUUCUGUCCGUCGUCCCACAUAUAGUUUUCACAAUGUCUUGAGUUAUUAAGCUGAAAUUUUGUGUAAAGCUUUAUCAUGUACUAAUACAGAUCAAGUUUGACAUUCAUGACGAUUUACCCAUUUUUGACAGAGUUAU